GCCCAAUCAAACUGUUUCAUGUAUGCAAAUCUGAAAGCCACACGUUCGCAUUAUCAUAACGUCGGUUUUAUCCAAUGUAAAUGAACAACUUUUAAACUCCCAGCUGUGUAUUGUCAGGAAGUGUUUGGCAGUUACUUCUCCACUGGUCUGAAAAAUACCGCCUGAAAAUGGCUUCCAGCGAGUAUAAGGAUACGGAUUUUUAUGAUUACUGUUGUCCAGUCUGUUUAGAAGAGUUUCAAGAUCCGAAAGUUCUGCCUACUUGCAAUCACAACGUAUGUCGACAGUGUCUAAAAAAUAUUAUAAUGCGAGCGAAACCGGCUUACAUACAAUGCCCUACGUGUCGACAAAAAUCUUUUAUUCGUGAGGAUGACCUUGAUGAUUUACAGACAAACGUGUUCCUGGUGAAACUUUUACAACAAACCGAGCCGCAAAAAGAACGCGAGAAGCUUUCCAAGGGGAUUCAAGCAUGCGUAACAAAGGUGGAAAUUUUGGAUGAAUUGAUGAAGGAGCUAAAAUUGAGUCGACAAAGAAAAUUCGAACAUGGAGAGUCUAUAAAAGAAGAAAUUCACAAAAUGGCUGAUGAGAUUGUCAGAAAGACAAGGCUAAGCGAAACAGAGUUGAUCAGCAGAGUGGAAGAGUUUAUCUCUCAACAAGACAGCGUAUUCAGCCGCCUUGAAGAAAAUACGGAAGCUUUCAAACAGAAGGUACAAGCUCACGUUAAUGUUUCUUUGAACACUUACGAUGGGAAGAACGAUGGGGAAAUUUCAAAGAUGAAAACCACUCUAGCUUCCUUGGCGCACAAUAGCCCAGAGGACAAAUUAUACAAAGAGAUGAACGAGUUAAAUUCAUUUGCUGCUUCAUUUGACGCAAACAAAGAUUUUCUGCAAAGGAUGGAAAGUCAGGGCAUCGGCGAAUUAUCCAUGAGUGAUCCGAGCGGAGUGAAAAUUGGAAUCUCUACCCCUCUGCAGUUCAUGAGAGUAUCACUCACAACACUGCGUAAGAUCACUGCUUCAAACUUUGGCUUCGAGUCAUUUUCACCCUUAAGCAUCACGACAGAUGGUCUCAAGCAGGUGGCUGUCGCUGAUCCAGAGAACAACAAUAUUCUGAUUUUGAAUCGAAAUGGUGAUUUCGUGAAUAGAUUUACAUCUCCAGCGAACUCUCCCCAGCCUGCCAUGAUGUUUUCAGGUGUUGCUUUUUCCAAGGACAAAAAAGACUUGAUCACCGUCAACGGUGCUCGUGACGUACAUCUUAUUAACCCAAUUGACGGAACCUUUAAAGUGAGUUACAGAAGUAGCUCACAGUGGGGUGUCAAAUACUGUUUUGUUUCAACUGAUCGGUAUGGACGAUUUUUACUCACAUGCGAACCCUUGGCGAAACAAUACCGAGCGUGCAUCAUCGUGCACUCGGAUACGCCUUUCGGAAAACCCGAUUUGAGGUUCGGGUUUUCAGGCGAAGGGGCUUUGUUAUUCCCUUUCAAAGUCCUUUACCAUGACAAGCAUUACUUUGUGACAGACAUGGAAAAAGGCUGCAUUAUGGUUUACAACGAGUAUGGCGAUUUUCUUCGGCAUUUUGGGAGUAAAGACGACGAAAUUAAUGGCAAUGGUCGUCUGGUUUUACCGACAGGAAUGACUUUUGAUCCAAGAGAGGGAAUAUUGUUAGUGUGUGACUGGGGAUCUAGUUCUAUUCAAACGUACAAACCCGACGGAACUUUUCUCGAGGCAUUCCCCAUCGAUGGACGCCCCACGGAUAUAGCCCUGUUCUCCGAUGGCACCCUCGUGGUUUCCUCAAAAGACGAUCAAUGGAUUCAGUUUAUGUCGAUAUCAACACUCGGGGUGUUUAACGAUGAGGAAGUGGGUAGGAAAUGAAUUUGCCUAGUGAACCCCUAGUUAUUAAUCAACAAAUGGCAAAUUUCAUGACUGUCACACAUUGACCGGGACAAAAUUGCUGCCGCUUUGUUUACGUCUUUCAGUUGAGGACGAAAUGAAAUAAGCAGCAAGUUCUCACCAUGAACGAUAAACCUUGUUGGAGUUUAUCUCCCCUCACUCUGACCACUUACAUUCAUCCUCGUUGUCUCAUAACUGCAAAUUAUUACAGGAUGUGAAGCGCAUUUCGAUUGUAAAACCAAAACCAAAGUAAUCACUUCAACCAAUCGGAAUAAAUUAUCACAAAGAGCCCCAGUAGAACUCAAAAUAAAACAAGAUACCACGAGUU